CAAAUGUCAUUAUAAUAUGAUACACAAACAAAUCUUUAUUCUUUAUUUGCUUGAUAUUAGUCUGGAAAAGUCUACAAUUUGAUAAUAAUGAAUACAUAAUCUUUGAGGAUCUGACGACGCUACUAGUUUCUGAAAAGUUUGGUGAAUAAAACCCCUGUUCUUGUUGAUGUCUACGAACGAAGCACAUACGAAAAUAUUCAUCUUUUACCACAUGUAGAGAAAAUCUAAAUUUAGGUUACUAUUAAUUCUAGAUGUGACGAUUCCUUAAUGAAGAAUUAUAGAAGAGUUCGUGUUUAUCAUGGAGGAAUUAAGGGAUGUUUAACUGAAACAUGUCCAUAACCAUUUUGCUGGAAAUUGGGCAUGAUGCCUCAUUAAGAACAAAAACAACACCUGAAGGUUUCACUCAUGAUUGGGAAGUUUUUGUGAAGGGUUGUAAUGGUACUGAUAUACAUCAUUAUGUAGAUAAGGUCGUUUUUCACUUGCACGAGACCUUUCCGAAACCAAAGAGAGUUGUUAAAGAGCCACCAUAUUCCCUCAGAACUUCUGGGUAUGCCGGAUUCACUUUACCCAUAGACAUUUAUCUGAGGAACAAUCAGGAGCCAAAAAAGAUUAGAUUCAACUAUGAUCUUGGGCUCCAACCAGCAGGACCUCCGAUACACAAAGUACAAAAGGAAAAAUAUACUUUCUUCAACCCUUCUGAGGAGUUCAAGAACAAACUUCUGAAAGGCGGAGCAGUACCGGGUUCAGGAGUUAACGCCUUCGACGUUAGCGAUAAUCACAAAGCAGUUGAUGAUAAAGUUCAGAUGACUAGUAAACCAAAACUGAGCGGCACGGAUGUGGCCAAGAAGCACAAGUUGAAGCCUGAGGAGCCACGGAAUACGGAUUUCGAAAAUCUUUUCGGGCCACCUAUAAAGAAGACCAGCAGAGCCCCUGACCCCCCUCCAAAACCUAAGGAAAUCCCUAAAAGUUCUUCUAGUACAGAUAAAGAUAAAGUAAUGGACAAGGAUAAGAGCGACAAGCCCAAAUCGAAGCCUUCCCCCAAAGAGAAGGAAAAGGACAAGGACAAAUCGAAAGACAGGACUUCGGACAGCGGUGAUAAGAAAAAAGAAGAGAAGAGGAGAUCAAAAGAUGACAAAAGCAAAGACCGAGACAGAGCAAAAGAAAAAAGUUCGAAGAAGGAUAGGGAUAAGGAGAAGGAAAAAUCUCCUGCACCAGCACCACGUCCACGAAGUCCUAGCCCGAAAAGGUCUCCUAAAAGAGCGGCCACUCCUCCCCCCGCUCAAAAACAACACAGCAGUAGCAGCAGCAGCACCAAAGACUCGAACAAAGAAGAGAAGAAAGAUAGAGAUAAAGAUAGAAGUAAGGAAGACAAGAAAUCCAAGAAGGAUAAGAGGGAGCACAGGGAUUCGAAGCACAGGGACAAAGAUAAGGAGAAGGAUCACAAAGAACACAAGAGCAGGGAUAGCAAAUCGUCUAAGGAAAAGGAGAAGGAGGCUUCUAACGUCAAAGUUAAGGAACCAAGUCCCGUACCGAUACCUGUUGUGACACCUCAACAAACUCAUAAGACUGACAGGAAAGUGAGGGAGAAAGAAUCGCCCAGAGAGUCACAGCCCAAGGAGGAAGAGAAAUUAGAAAAAACAGACAGAGUCAGGCAUGACCAGUCCGAAGACAGGCAGAAGCAACACAAACACAAGAAAAAAGAUCGCAAGGAGAAGCGGGAAGACAAGCGUUCAAGGAACGAGAAGGUCGAAAAACAAUCUAGUUCACCUCCUAGCGUCAUGGAGGUCGACGAGGAACCUGCCGUUGCGGUAUCUUCUACUCGAGAUGUGGACAAGAGUAACCUAUUCGGGAGCCCCUCUACGCCCAUGGAAGUGGACCAGAAAGCUGAAAGCAGUCAUUCUUUCCAGAGAGACGAUGAAUCUUCGGAUGAUUCCAUGAAAAUCAGCAGCAGCAGGGCUUCUUCUCCUUCCUCCAGAGCCCCCUCCAGAUCUCCAUCUCCAGUUCCAGUGGAAACCCCCAGGAAACCGGAACCCGAGAAAAGGAGAGACGAUCAUUCCGUCAAGAAGAAGGAAAAGAAAGAUAGGAAGAAGGAUAAGAAAAGCGACAGGGAUGGUGAGAGAAGAAGAAAAAGAAAGGCUGAAUCCUCAAAUGACUUGGAUUCGGAUGAACCGCCAGAGCAAGUGCAGAAACUUGAAAGACCUAGUAGUUCAAAUAAUACACGAAAGGAGAAGCUGAUAGUCGUGGAUGGCAAGACCUAUGUAGGACCCAAUAGCGACUGGGACGUAGAAGUUCUCCGCGACCUCCAGAGGAGGAUAAUGGACUUGAAGGAAAGCGACAACCUGCAGCAAGUCGUCACUGUCAUCGCGGAUACGGGUCUAUUCGAAGUGAACGCCAAUACAUUCGACUUCGACCUAUGCUUGUUGGACAACAAGACCAUCAAGCAGUUAUUGGAUAUCAUGGCGACAGAAGGAUAGUGAACUCGGCUAGCGCCAAAAAGGGACGAAGUGCAUUGAUGGUUCCGUAGCUAGUGAAAUAUCAUUUAAUGGAUUUUAUGUGAAGAGCGGAGUUUGACUGGUGGGAUAGACGGGCUAUAUCGAAACUUUGUUGCUGCCUGUUUCGACUUCGGUGUUUUUUGGGUCUGGAAGGUCAGUUUUGACAUUGAAAUGGUGUCGUUUCUUGAGGUAUUGUUCGUGAUAAAAUAAGGUCUCAUUUGUGUAUUGAGCAUUUACUGUUGAAUGGUGGAAGUUUGAGUUCGCAUUGUUUGAAAUGAGAUUUUAUAUUAGUAAUAGUGACUUGGUCAGUUAUUUCUACACUCAAAUAACUAGAGAGUGUGAAAAUGAAAGUUGAGCAGGUGAUUAUAACUAUUUCUUUGCAGGUGAUUCAUUUAAUUUCAAUUAACUGUUGUAUUGGAGAAAGUUAUGAACUUCAUAUAAUCAAAUUGUUUCUUCUAUUGAGUGUUUGACGAUUGAAUUGAAGAUAUUUUUGAAAUUCAAUUUUUAUUACGAUUAUUACGAGUAAAACAUAUCAUGGGGUGUACAACUAUGUAGCUACAAAUCGGCUGUUUCGGGGAAAACUCAAACUGAUGU